GUCUGAAGCCACAUUUGGAAUGAAAUACUUGAUUCUGAUUUUGUUGGCCUCUUCAGUGGCUUGUCUCUUCAGUGAUGACUUUUACCGAAUUUUAGCCAAGGAGAAUGCAAAAGUUAACCUGAUAACUUCGCCCCUUUCUGUAGAGAUUGUUAUGAGCAUGAUGUAUAUGGCAGCAGGGGGAGAAACGGCCGAAGAAUUGCGAAACACGCUGAAUUUGCCCGAGGAUAAAAGGCUACUAGCCCACAAUUACUGGAAGUGUUUUUCAAAUUUCAAGGCUCGAGAAAAGUCAAUCAUCCUUCGUUUGGGAAACCGGAUAUACAUCAACAAAAAUUACAGCCUUAUACCGGAGUUCAAUCAGCUUGUAAAAAACUCCUUUAAGGCUUUUGCUCAGAAAAUCAGUCUAGACGAUCCUAACAAAGCGGCUUCCAUUAUCAAUAGUUGGGUAAAUAUCGCAACGCGUGGCAAGCUCAGAGAUAUAGUUUCACCCAGCGACAUGAGUUCCGAUCUUAGCGCGAUUGUGGUGAAUGUAAUAUACUUUAGGGGCCAGUGGAAAUAUCAGUUCCGUGCUGACCAAACUCAUGAAGCGGAUUUCUAUAUAUCAUCUGAAAAAAACAUUACUGUUGAGAUGAUGACGAUGUCGCAAAGCCUGUUUUCGGCCUAUCUUAACGACUUGGAUGCUAAGGUAAUCGAGCUACCCUACCGGAACUCAAAUCUUUCGAUGCGCAUAUUUCUGCCAAACACAAUCGAUGGACUAAGCGCAAUGGAAGAGAAAAUUAUAGGAUUCUCUAGGGAUCUGCAAAAAAAAGAUGUAAAUGUUAAACUUCCCAAAUUCAAAAUAGAAUUUAGUGCAAAACUAAAGGCGGUUCUUCAACAGUUGGGUAUCCGAGAGGCUUUCGAAAGUUCAGCUGAUUUUAGUGGCCUAGUUUUGGAUUCUAGUGUCGAGAUCGAUAAUGUCGUGCAAAAAGCCUUUUUAAAGGUCGAUGAGAAUGGAACCGAGGCCUCUGCUGCAACAAAGGUACUUGUUCGAAUAAAGAAGUCUGUAGAAUUUCGGAAUUCCAUGGAGUUUGUAGCCGAUCAUCCCUUUGCCUACACAAUUCAUGAUCAAGAUAAGAUUUACUUUCAGGGCCACAUCGUUAAACCAGAAUGGUAAAUAAAAUCAAACGUUCGA